UGAGCUCUGGUGGUGAGCAGAGCAGCCAUUUUGAGGGGAGCAGGGUAAACAUGUCUCUGAGGAGAUGCUAUUUCUGUGGCUAGCGGAACACACGGGCAGAGCCUGGAGUGACCCGUCAGUGUUGUGUAAUGUCAGAAGACACAGCUGAGCGGCUAUAGGGCGUCCGGACUCUAACCAGCUGUCAGCGGCCUUACUUCCUGCCGCGCCCCCUCCAUGCUGCCGUCUGUCCGGGAUGCUGGGGUGCCCGCUGCCCCGCUACCGGCUCCUGGACCUGGUGUUCGCGGUGUGCGGGACCGUCGCCUUCCUCGUGGACCUGGGCUCGGACGUGUGGAGCGCGGCGUGGUACUACAGGGCGGGUGACACGGUCUGGGCCGUCCUGUAUGUCGGCCUCUACCUCCUCUCGUCCUCCGUGCUGCAGGUACUCAGCUGGGGCUGGUUCUGGGUAGACUGGAAGGACUGGAAUGGAAAGCCGAGAGAGGCACCGGAGCCUGGCAAUGCUGGCAGCGGGGCAAUCAUGGAGAAUGCAACAGGAGGGGCUGCAGGGGCCUGUGGUGACCACCAGACCAGCAACGGAGGAGUGAUGCACAGCAAUGGCACCAAGUACCAGGAGGAUGCCAGACAGGGCACAGCUGCCAGUGUUAUGGAUGCCGUGCCAAUAGACAAGGCUGUGUCAGAAAUAAGUGACUUGAGCUGUGAGACACCUGAACCAUGUACAACUCAGGGAUGUUCUGGGGACAUCCCACUUCAGGACAACCGGACAUCUGCCACCCUUGAGGAGGGUGCCAUACUGUGCCAUGGCUGUACCUACCACAGUGCUGGAGGCACCGAGGACCAGCCGCUGGUGAAGUGCUUCUAUACAUCUAAACUCAUAUUGUGGCCUUCAUGCUUCACCCUGCUGCACAUUCUCCAGCUGGGGUACCUGCUCAGGUGUAUACAUUCACUAGAAGUGGGCAUCGCUGCAUACAGAAAACCAGAUGAUAAGCAGUUUAAGGACUACGCUUACUUCCUAACCCACGACAUCAGCAUGAUGCGACUGAUAGAGACUUUCCUAGAAAACACGCCUCAACUCAUCCUGGUGCUCUAUAUCAUCGUACAAAAAGAAGCAAUAGAGACUUUUCAGUGUUUCAGCAUUUCCAUGUCAUUUAUUUGUAUCAGCUGGGCCAUUUUGGACUACCAUCAAUCACUGAGACUGUUCCUAAAAGGAAAACUGAAGCUUAGCAACUUCUCUUCGGCCAUCUACUACUUAUGGAACUUUUGCCUGAUUUCGUCACGUAUCCUCUGCAUCACACUUUUUACAGUCACCUUCCACUGGUUGGUUGCUCUGCACUUUUUUCUUCUCUGGUCAGUUUUCUUUCUGUGGGCCACUCUGCAGAAGACAACAUUUAUGAAGCACAAAUGCCUGGAGAUUGUCUACAGGGCUACAGUGGCCUUCAUUCUUUACUUCUCAUGGUUUAACAUUGCUGAUGGAAGAACCAUCUACAGAUGUAUUGUCUACAUGGUGUUUAUUGUCAUAGACAGUGUGGUACUUGUUGUGUCUUGGGUAAAAUUUAAGUUCCCAUCCAUUUUGGAUGGGUAUGAAAUGCAUAUUAUUGUGACUAAUAUGGUAUUUCUUGCUGUAGGUGUUCUUUUAAGAGCGCUUUAUUACAAAAAUCUACACCCCACUGUUCUCAAAGAAACAAAACAGUACUACGAUGAACCAGAUGGCAUAGGGGCAAAAACAAAUGGGAGGUUACUUUCAGCAGGUAAGACUGGGCAGCCGACUAAUCACAGAAUGAAGUUUUUGGCAGAGCAAAUAUGCUAGGAACAUUGGCAUUGUACACAGGCAACAGAUCUGUACUAUAUAUUCUAUUAAAAAAAAGGCCCUAUAGACAAAGUACACAAGAUAAUAACAUAGUCUUGAGAGCCAUUCAUACUUUAUGGCUGCUCUAGUGUCUGAUAAAAAACAAGCUACACGCAACAUUUUUUGUCCAGCUGAAAGCCUGCAUGUAUGCCGGAAAGCGCCCGGAUUACCGCUGGAUACCAUUACAGUGAAUGGGAAUUCGGCGGUAUCUGGUUAUGCCAGAUAUGAUGAAUUCUGGCAGUCUGUUCCUCCACCAGAACAGACUGCCGGAGUUCAUAGCGUAAAUGUAAAUCCCUAUUUUUGAACGGAAAUACAGAAGUACCUUCCAUUUUUUGGCGGAUCCAUUGAAAUGAAUAGUUCCAUAUACGGAACGCAAAAAACGUAACGUAACUUUUAUGCAAACACUUUUUAAGGAGAUUAUCUGUUGAGAGUUUGCAUUUUGAGGCUGAGUAACAGCCCCAAAAAAAUAAAUGCCCCUUGCUGUUGGGAGGUCCAACAUUUCUGAUCUCUCUUUCCCACAAACCAUAAUCCAAGGCUGUGGCUACAUCUCAAUAGAAAUGAACACUGCAAGAAAAGUCAUCACACAUCCUGAUUCAUUAGCUCAUCAAUUAAUGCAGAUCAGUCACUGCGCCGUGCUGCCAUGUUGAGGGGCAGUCAUGUGAGAUCAGGUCAGCUGUAGUUUAAAUCGCACACAACAUUGCGGCAGAUUUAGGGAUCCUAAAGAUGGUGUAUAGUUAGACAAGGUUGUCUAGACCUGCACCACAAUUAUCACCGGGGCUCAGGCUGGACAAUAAAUCUGGUGUUUUUUGUUAUUUGCACAUUAAACCACCCCCUUGUUGGGCUAGGCGCAGAUAUUUUCUCUAAACCACACUGCACCACAUUCUGGCAUAUUUUACAUCAGAAUCUAGGUGUAUUCACAUUAGUAAGUGUAGGCCAUAGUGUUAUUUGGCUAAUGCACCGAACACAGGCCCUGAUUUACCACACUGGUUUUGCCUUUAUUUUGGAGUAAAUUGUGACUUUUCAGUUUUUAUUGUAAGACACAAUGAUAAAUGGUCAGAAACAGGCCAAUGUUAUUUUUUGCCCCUGGUAAGUCUGCUUUAGCAGUCCAGCUGUUUUGUGGGCAUUCCUGUGGAGCACUCCACUCCUAAAUGUACCCCCUGAGAAGAUGACAGGAACAAGAUGUGAACCCAGCCUAAUUUAGAAAAUUGUUAUUGUGCACACUCCUGCACUUUAAGUUUUUUUUUUUUUUUCCUGCCAUAACUUGGUCAUGAUGGUUCAUAAAAAACAUGUUCAAAAUGGCAGCGUUAUUUUUAAAAGUCCAGUUUGUACAUCAUAGCCAUCUUAGUGUUAUGGUACAUCCUUGGGUAGGGAUUCCUGCCGAUCCAGUUAUAUCUUUUCAUCUGCACACUAGUGCUCCCAUCCUCCAUUGUCAUUAUUAGGUCUCUACAAAACAAGUAGUGGUCAGAUACCUCUUGUUUAGGAAGUGAUGGUGUAUCUUAGCGAUAAGACACCAGUUCUAAAGGUCCCUUUACAUGGGAUGAUACAGCAGGCAGUUGUCAAGAAGAAAAAAUUCCUCAGCAGAGGAGACCACUGCUAUUACAUGCCGCGAACUCCACUACAGUAUGGGGAGGAGCAAUUGCUCAUCCUCAGAGACGCAUUGUUUGCUGGUAGCAGAGUGUGUUGACAUGGCACAAAUUCUGUCCGCACAAAUGAUCCAUUACCCGGCGAACAAGCGUUUCAUGGAAGAACCUUUUUAGUACUGUAGAUAGAGGCUGUAAUACAGCUUUUGUGAAUGGCAAGCCAGCAGCAACUGCCAUUUUCACAAAUAUUCUGUGGACAGUGGGGGAGAUCUGUGAAAUGUUCCAAAAUGAAAACUGUCCUUAUUGCUUGUAACAACCAAUCACAGUGCUGCUUUAAUUUCAAAUGGUGAUAUUAAAGUAAAAGCACUGCUAAUGGUUGGCAUAGGCAACAGAAGGCCAUUUUCAUAAAUCUGCCCCCUUGUGGCCAUACAUUAGAAGGGGGUGUUCACACGACUGUAAGUGUUUUGUGGUUCAUAAAACAAGGAUACAGAUUGUGUGCACGCUACAUUACUGAGCAGACCCAUUGACGUCAAGGGAUCCGCAUGUUGUGGCCAAGUAUAGGAAUGUCCUAUUUUUUGCGGAACAGCCACACAGACGGGUAAGCAUACAUAACCGGACCACAAAAUGCUUACGGUCAUGUAAAUGCACCCCAAGUGUGUUGGUCCCACCUUUUUUUCUUUUUAAUACUGCUGCAGGACCUCCUGAGUCCUGAAACCAACACUACAUUAUUUUUCCAUAAGUUCUUUAAAAGAACAGCAUACAUUUAAAAUAAAUAUUGUACGGUAUGCUUUACAAUACAAAUGACAGCCAGACUGCAUUGCCUUUGUGAUUAGUUUCACAUUUAAAGGGGUUGUCCAGGGUUAGAAAAACAUGACUACUUUCUUCCAAGAACAGCACCACAGGUUGCAGGCGGUAUUGCAGCCCUGUCUCGACUACAAUGGAGUUAAGCUGCAGUAACAGACACAACCCAUGGACCCCCUGUGCUGCUGUUUUUUUUUAAAGAAAUAGCCAUAUUUAAUCCUGGUCAAGCCCUUUAACAUGGGAGUAGUCACUUCAAUGUGUUUACUAAUGGAAGCAUAUGUUUCCUACUAAAGUGCCUUGUUAUUGCUGGAAACACAUGAUUGUGUGUGUAAUUUUAUAUAUAUAGUGUAACUUCUAUAUUUAUGUGCUUGUAUUUUAUUUUUAUUAUUAAGGAUUACAAAUGACAGUAUUAUAUUUUUAAUAUAUUCUUAUAAAAGCCAUUUUGUGAAAUGUUAAAGAGGAGCUGUCACUUCUCCUGAUGUGUGUUUUAGUAAACUAUUCUAUUCCACGUGAAAUAAGAAUUCUGGAGCAUGUCGAUUUGGAGCUCUGUUGUAUGGUUUCACCGUUAUUCCUCCUAUAUAUACGUAUGAAUAUCAUUCGCAUACACAGUCUUAGAGCACUGCUAAAUGUUCAGGUUUUUUAUGCAGUUUUUAAAAUCCACUUCUGGUUUUGGCUUCAGCAGUGGAUCAUAAAAGGAGAAAAAGUAUAAAGAGUACAGCUGCACUGGUCACAAAGGGUCGCAGAGUAGCGGUGAUCCCAUAGAUAUGAGUCGCAAUAAAGCCAACAGUGCAGGGAUCACUGCUACUCUGCAAUCCUGACAGCGACCGGUUUUGCCGUACCCUUAAGGACAGAUACUACAACUCCACCUUUUGAUUGCUUCAAAAACUGCUUUAAAAAAAAUAAAAAACUGACUGCAUGGCUGUACCCAAACACUGCAAGCAUUGAUUGGAGCUCCCCUAAAUGGUAACACCCAGCUGUCAGUUUAUUAAUAUAUUUCUAGUAGUAAUAAGAUCAGUAGUAAGAAUGAAGAUACUCUAGCAUUGUUACUUCAUGGAAAAACCACUAUUCACUAACCCACCCAGACAGGUCCUCAAUCUUCUCUUUGGUAAAGAAUGCUACUUAAGGGACUAAGCUGCCUUAAAACCUUUUUGGUCUAUCAUAUGUGUAAAUUUUAUUGUUUCAAAUUAAACAAAGAAUUUUU